AUGGCGCUCAUUCACUCGAAUCCGGAGUUGCCGGAUAUUCAGAAGUUCCACUAUCUACGAGCAGCUGUCAAGGGUGAAGCUGCUCAGCUGAUAGAAUCCAUCGGAAUCAGUUCCGUCAACUACGCUUUGGCUUGGAGGACUUUGGAGAGCCGCUACUCUAACGACUAUUUGCUGAAGAAGAGACACCUGCAGGCGCUCUUCGACAUCCCUCGCAUGAAGAAGGAGUCCGCUGCGACGUUGCAUAGCCUGGUGGAUGACUUCGAGCGGCAUACGAAGAUUCUGCAGCAGCUGGGGGAACCAACCGAUUCCUGGAGCGCCAUCUUGGAGCAUCUUCUGUGCUUGCGACUGCACGAAGACUCACUGAAGGCUUGGGAGGACCACGCGUCAACAGUGGAGAACCCGGACUACGCCUGUCUCAUCGAUUUCGUGCAGAGGAGAACCCGAGUGCUGGAAUCCAUUUCGGUGAAUCACCAUACCGCCGAGUCUUCAAGUGGUCAUUCUCAUUCGUCGAAGAGAAAUCACUCUCAUUCCCAGUUUCGCCUCACUUCUUGCUCAUCGACUACCAGCUCUGGGGGUAAGUGCAGUGCUUGCGGCGAAGCGCACUUCAUCGCGAGGUGUUCCAAGUUUCAAAGCCUUCCGAUGAGAGAUCGAUAUAAGUUGGUGACUUCCAAACGGCUAUGCCACAACUGUUUGAGCAGUGGACACUUCGUUCGCAAUUGUUCCUCCACUUUCAACUGUCGCAAAUGUAAUCGACGGCAUCACACUUUUCUCCAUGAAACUGAUUCACAAAAAGCCAGUAGCCAAAAUGCUUCAUCUGGUUCAACAGCAGUCUCGUCAGGGUCAUCUUCCACUCCAUCACCUACGAUCGAACCUUCUACGCAAUCUAUAGUCGCUGCUGCCGAAAAUGCUCCACCUGUCGAGGUCAGUACUGCUCUACAACAGCCCCGUGGGAACGUCUUCCUGCUCACCGUUGUCGUGAAGGUCAUCGGUUCCCACCGUUAA